AUGAGUACUGAUAUUGAGUAUAACAGUCCAUGUCAAAAACUUGCUGAAAAUGUAGUCCAUCGCCGCACUAUUGUCAAGCCUGGAAUGAUCGUGGGUUUCGGCCAGCCAUUAUUGGACAUGACUGUGGUAGGCGACGAAAAGCUGUUGAAAAAGUACGAUCUAAAGAGUAAUGACGCAGUGUUGGCAUGCGAAAAAAAUUUAGGCAUCUAUGAAGAACUAGAGAAGGACCCGACCGUACAAUACACUGCUGGGGGUUCCGGUCAAAACUCAAUGAGAUUCGCCCAGUGGGUAUUAGGAGAACCGAAUUCGGUUACGUUUUUUGGUGCUGUCGGUAACGAUCGGUACAGCGAAAUUUUGAAACGCGUGGCGACCCAGGAUGGACUGGACGUAAAAUACCAAUACCAUUCUGACAAACCCACCGGAACAUGUGCUGUCAUUGUGACAAACAAUGGAAAAGACCGAUCGCUAUGUGCUAACUUAUGUGCAUCGAGGAAUUUCUCAGAUGACCAUUUAGAAGUCCCAGAAAACAAGAAAAUAGUUGAAAAUGCAAAGGUGUAUCUAGUGACUGGUUUUUUCUCAGUAUCGAAUCCAAGCACGGUUGAAAAAAUUGGAAAAAUCGCCGACAAACGGAAUUGUCCGUUGUUGUUCAACAUGAGUGCUCCAUAUAUUUACGAAUUGUAUCUCGAUUCCGUUAUGUCUAUUUUUCCAUACAUAAAUAUUAUAUUCGGGAAUGCUGAAGAAGCUAAAGCAUUUUCCCUUGCAAAUAACUGGGAGACAACCGAUAUAGAAAUGAUAGCCCGCAAGAUGAGUACGUUUAAUGUUGGCAAAGAAGGGUAUCGGUUAGUUAUUUUUACUCAAGACGAUAAACCAGUUAUUGUAGCUCUGAGGGGUCUAGUUUCAAAAUUUGAAGUACCAGAAAUACCUGAGCAAGAUAUUGUGGACACGAACGGAGCGGGCGAUGCUUUUAUCGGUGCAUUCAUCGCUAAAUAUGUUUUGGGUUACCCGCUUAAAAGUUGUAUCCACUCUGCAAUAAAUGGAGCAACUUACAUCAUAAAACAACAUGGAAUGACAAGAGGAGACAAUCUUGUGCUUGAUGUAUAA